AUGCUUCUGUGGUUCUUUCUGGUGUUGUCCAGCCCAGCUUCUUCUACGGAUCCAGAGACUGACUCAUCUGUGGAAAUUUGCAAUGUUUGCUCCUGUGUGUCGGUGGAGAAUGUACUUUAUGUCAACUGCGAAAAGGUUGCAGUCUACAGACCAAACCAGCUGAAACCACCUUGGUCUAAUUUCUAUCACCUCAAUUUUCAGAACAACCUCCUCCUCCUCCUGUAUCCAAAUACAUUUCUUAACUUUACUCAUGCUGUGUCCCUGCAGCUGGGUAACAAUAAAUUACAGAACAUUGAGGGAGGAGCUUUCUUAGGUCUCAGUGCGUUAAAGCAGUUGCACUUGAACAACAACGAAUUAAAGAUCCUCCGAGCUGACACCUUCCUUGGCAUCGAGAACUUGGAGUAUCUCCAAGCUGACUACAAUUUAAUCAAAUAUAUUGAAAGAGGAGCCUUCAAUAAGCUUCACAAGCUGAAAGUCCUCAUCCUUAAUGACAAUCUGAUUGCCUUCCUUCCUGAUAAUAUUUUCCGUUUUGCUUCUCUAACCCACCUAGAUAUACGUGGGAAUAGAAUACAGAAGCUGCCGUACAUUGGAGUUCUGGAGCACAUUGGUCGCAUCGUCGAGCUGCAGCUGGAGGACAACCCAUGGAAUUGUACUUGUGAUCUGUUGCCUUUGAAGGCAUGGCUGGAGAACAUGCCCUAUAACAUCUACAUUGGGGAAGCCAUCUGUGAGACUCCCAGCGAUUUGUAUGGGAGGCUUUUGAAAGAAACCAACAAGCAAGAGCUGUGCUCCAUGGGAACAGGGAGUGAUUUUGAUGUGCGCAUCCUGCCUCCAUCACAGCUUGAACCUGGUUACAGCACACCUAAUGGCCAUGCAACACAAACAUCCAUGCACAGAUUGGUAACCAAGCCUCCCAAGACGACAAACCCUUCCAAGAUCUCAGGGAUAGUCGCUGGGAAAUCACUCUCCAACCGUAAUCUCAGUCAAAUAGUAAAUUUUCAGACCAGAGUGCCACCUCUGACACCUUGCCCACACCCCUGCACUUGCAAAACACACCCUUCAGAUUUGGGAUUAAGUGUCAACUGUCAAGAAAGAAAUAUUCAGUCACUGGCUGAGCUUACCCCCAAGCCGCUGAAUGCUAAGAAACUCCAUGUCAAUGGCAAUUAUAUUAAGGAUGUGGAUACUUCUGAUUUUGCAGAGUUUGAAGGGCUGGAUUUACUCCACCUGGGCAGCAAUAGGAUCAUGACCAUUAAAGGGGAGGUUUUCCGCAACCUUACAAACUUGCGGAGAUUGUAUCUAAAUGGCAAUCAGAUUGAGAGGCUGAGUCCCGAAAUGUUUGCUGGCCUCCACAAUCUCCAGUACCUGUAUUUGGAAUACAAUGUCAUCAAGGAAAUUUUAGCAGGCACUUUUGACCUCAUGCCAAACUUGCAGCUUCUCUACCUGAACAACAACCUGCUACGGAGUCUGCCAGCCUACAUUUUUUCUGGGGCUCCCCUUGCUCGGUUGAACUUGAGAAACAACCAUUUCAUGUACCUGCCUGUAAGUGGUGUGCUCGAUCAUCUGAAAUCCCUGACACAGAUUGAUCUGGAAGGGAAUCCGUGGGACUGCACUUGUGAUUUGGUUGCUUUGAAGCUGUGGCUGGAGAAGCUCAAUGACGGCAUUGUGGUGAAGGAACUGAGAUGUGAGACGCCUGUGCAGUUUGCUAACAUGGAGCUGAAGACACUAAAAAAUGAGAUCCUGUGCCCCAAACUUCUGAAGUCUGCUGUUUUCACUAGUCCUGCACCCUCUGUCACAUUUACAACACCAUUGGGCCCCAUUCGUAGUCCUCCAGGUGGUCCUGUUCCAUUGUCUAUCCUCAUCUUAAGCAUAUUGGUAGUGCUCAUUUUGACUGUCUUUGUAGCUUUCUGUCUUCUCGUCUUUGUCCUCCGCCGCAACAAGAAACCGUCAGUGAAGCACGAAGGUCUGGGGAAUCCAGAAUGCAGCUCCAUGCAACUUCAGCUUCGGAAGCAUGAUCACAUGUCAAACAAGAAGGACACUCUGGGGGCAGAGGCCUUCAUCCCCCAAACCAUUGAGCAGAUGAGCAAAAGCCAUGCCUGUGGCUUAACGGAAACAGAAACAGGCUUCAUGUUUGCCGAGCCAUCGGGGCAGAAGGUCAUCCUGCGAAACAACAGUGAGAAGGAUAAAGAUUUAUUGCACAUGGAUAGCAGGAAAAGACUUAGCACAAUUGACGAACUCGAUGAGUUAUUCCCAGGACGGGAUUCCAAUGUCUUUAUUCAAAAUUUUCUUGAAAGUAAAAAAGAAUACAACAGUAUAGGGGUCAGUGGCUUUGAAAUACGGUAUCCAGAGAAACAGCAAGACAGAAAAAACAAGAAAUCUUUAAUAGGGGGUAACCACAGCAAAAUAGUCGUUGAGCAAAGAAAGAGCGAAUAUUUUGAGCUGAAAGCGAAACUUCAGAGCUCACCAGACUACUUGCAAGUCCUUGAAGAACAAACAGCACUGAAUAAAAUGUAG